UUGACUGCAAUGAAGUGUUUUGUACGUACUAUAGCAAAGUGCAGGCAUGAAUCAUAACAGCAGUCAGUGACAGAGUGAGAGUGAGACGGACGGGAUAUAUAAUUUAGUCUCCACAUCGGGUAGUUGGCGAGUGUAGCUGAGUUGCUCUUAGGUCUUCAAGCGGAUAAGAUGUAUUCUGAUCGACUUUGACGUACUCAAUGUUCACUAUGUACUUUGUGGAUUACAGUUAGCUUGCAUUUUGCAUGUUUUCAUGAGGGCUAGGCUGGUUAGAUCGGAAUGUGAGAUACCCCCUAUGUGAUAAGAGAUAUUGAGGUUCUUAAAUUCAUAGUAAGAGGUUAUGUAGGAGGGCUUGUUUGUGUUUGAGGGAAGUAAUUUUAAUAUUUUGAAUAUUUGCUUCGUAAUUUGGUACAUAAAAAGUGAAUUGUGUAUCUUGCUGUGGGGAAAUGUAAUAGAAGUAUGUGAUAUUUAACCCUCUUUGUGGAAAUAUUAAGAGAGUUUAUCACAAUUAAGAUACAAUCUAUAACUAUAAUGUAAACUUUAGGGGAAAAUUGGAUAAGCUACGAAUCGACAAAAAGGAAUAUUUUAAAACAUACCUGGUUUUGCAAAUCUGUCAUCAUUUAAUCAUAAGUGUAAGCCGAAACUGUUUGGAUUUUAAAAGUAAAUAUCGUGUGUUUUAACACAGAAAAUAACAGAAGCGUGUUCAUGCCUAUACGUUAUUUAAACUUUAGAGCCAGACAAAAUAACACAAACUCACUUAGUUUUUACGACGAGGUGAAUUAUUUUUAUAGACAGCAUGGAUUUUUAAUUGGUUAAUUGCCGCAUAAAGGGUACAGUGGAUACAAACAAUUGACGGUGUUCAUUUGAAGAGCAAGGCGGAUAUAUAAAACAAACGUUGAAAAAGCCUGUUUUUUGCUUAUAAACAAAUCUCAACAUAUUUACAAAGGAUACACAAUUUGUGUCAGAAUGUUUGCUCGCCGUGUGCUCACUGUGUUGGUGGGGUUGGCGGCCUGCACGUGGCUCACCAGCGCCCAGUGCCCCACCCGCUGCCAGUGUUACGGUACCACGGUCCGCUGUAUGUUUCUGCAACUGGAGACCGUCCCCCGCGUUCCCCGGACCACCACAAUUCUGGACCUGCGGUUCAAUGUGAUACGGAACAUUCCACGAGGCGCCUUCCGUGACGCCCCCAGAUUAGAUACACUGUUGUUGAACAACAACGAGCUUGAAGUGAUAGAAGAUGGUGCCUUUGAGGGUCUCAGGGAGAUCCGAUAUCUAUAUUUAUUUAAAAAUAAGAUUCGAGAAAUACGACCAGAUGCCUUCAGACAUCUUCAAAGAUUAGAGCAACUAUUUUUACACAGUAAUAAUAUAGAGCGGAUAAGCGGGGAUCUUUUUAGACACAACGAUAAGUUAAAGAGAUUACGAUUAGACUCGAACCCGUUGCUAUGUGACUGUGAGCUGCUAUGGUUAGCUCGUCUCGUCAAGCAGAACCAGGCGGAAAUGCAGGCAACGGGCACAUGCGCCGCACCCCCGGGGCUGCAGGGCCGUGAUUUAGCGGACAUCGACGUGUCCCAACUUAAUUGCAGUACGUACACAGAUCACGGGGCAGCAGGUACCGGUCUCAGGGAUAACCGGAUACCGGAUAAUAGUUUUGGCUUGGGAUCUAGUCAUAACGGCCAACAGCAAGACUUCCCGGUUAUCACGAGUGAGCCCACGGACGUGCAGAUCAAUGAGGGAAACACCGCAUAUUUCACGUGCAGAGCUACAGGAACUCCAAACCCUGAAAUUAUCUGGGUGAAAAACAAUGAAAUAGUGGACACACGGCGGGACACUCGAUACCACAUUCUGGAUGACGGAACGCUUAUGAUAGAGGACGCCAGGGACGCCGACAGGGGGCGCUACGAGUGCAUCGCCCGGAACAGUGCCGGAGAGGCUCGCACCAACUCGGUGGAGCUCACGAUGAGCCAGCAGCACCACCAGCACCACAACCAGCAGAACCACAUUGAGAGGCCCGGACAGGAGAACAGCGUCCAUGAUGCAGGUCGCGAGUCGCAGAUCCAGAGACACGAGGAGAGACAAAGCCAACGUGUAAGCAAUGUUGCACCCACGUUCCUUACGCGGCCAUCAGACAUUCAAGCGGCGCAGGGAGACAACGUUGACUUCCCAUGUUCUGCUUCCGGUUUCCCCCAGCCGGAGAUCACAUGGACACUUAACGGACGCGCCGUGCGUCUGACGACCCGGAUCAGUCUGAUUGGUGGCGGCCUGCACAUCGUGAGCGUCAGCUCAGGCGACCAGGGGGAGUACCGUUGCAGGGUGGAGAACGCUGAGGGCCUGAUUACCGCCUCCGCCAGACUUAGCGUACAGGUGCGCCCCCACUUCGUGUUGCGGCCGGUGGACUCGAUCCUGACUGAGGGAGGGACGGCCGUGUUCCAGUGUGACGCCAUGGGCGAACCGGCGCCCCUCAUCUCCUGGUACAAGAACAACCAGCCAAUCCCCAACAAUGGCCGUUUCUCGAUCCUGGACUCCGGGCGUACGCUGCGAAUAACGCAAGUGGAGCGCUCGGACCGUGACGUUUAUGUGUGCCGUGCCGAGAGCGCCGCCGGUCGCAUGGAGGCACAGGCCUUACUCGAGGUCUCCUCCGAAUCGGCGCCGAGGUUUGACCCGCGGGAGGCGGACGAGAUGCGGGUAGAGGAGGGAGAGGAUGUUAUCAUGGACUGCGUGGCUGACGGCCAGCCAUCACCCAAUUUCCGAUGGAUCAAGGACGGCACGACCCUGCGGAACAGCCGCAAGUACCUGGUGGAAGGCAGCACACUCACUAUCCGGCGGGCCGUACAGAGCGACGAGGGACUUUACGAGUGUUUUGCCGAGAACACGCUGGGCUUUGCCAGACACUCCAUUCGUCUGCAGGUUAAUGAGGCCGUGUAUCACCCUGGUGACGAGUUUGUCAACAAUGCCAUCCAGACGGCCACUGAUCGAGUGGACGCCGCUAUCAACAGCACGCGCGCUGAACUCUUCGAGACCGGCCGCCGCCAUUCUGUCCAGGAACUACUUUCUCUUUUCCGAUAUCCGUCGGCCGACUCGUUGCAAUUAGCCCGCGCGGAGGAGAUCUUUGAAGAGACGUUGGAGAUUAUUCAUAGACACGUGGCAGAAGGUCAUGCAUACAACCUAAGCGGAAGUGAGCUCACGUACCAGGAGAUUGUCUCUCCGGCCCAUUUGAACCUGAUCGCCAACAUGUCUGGCUGCUUCCGGCGAACGCUGCCGCAGAAAUGCACAAACAUGUGUUUCCACAAGAAGUACCGAACGCUGGACGGCACAUGCAACAACUUGCAACAUCCAAGCUGGGGGUCCGCUAACUCUGCUCUUCAGAGGCUCCUCCCGCCCCACUACGAGAACGGCUUCAAUGCUCCGAAAGGAUGGACUCGUGGUCGCCUGUACAACGGUGUACACCUUCCGAGCCCGCGGCUGGUCUCCUCCUUGAUGAUGUCAACGGAAGUAGUGUCCACGGACCACUCAGAAACGCACAUGUUGAUGCAGUGGGGACAGUUCAUCGAUCACGACAUCGACCUGACGCCGCAAUCGGUCAGCCAGCACAUCUUUAACGACGGGCGGCGAUGUAACGAGACAUGUGAGAACAGUUUCCCUUGCUUCCCGAUUCCCGUGCCACCCAGCGACCAGCGCGUCCACGGCCAAUCAUGCCUCGGAUUCCACAGAAGCAGCGCCACCUGCAACACCGGUACAACCUCCAUCUUCUUUAAAACCUUCGCUCAUAGGCAACAGCUCAAUGCAUUGACCUCUUACAUUGAUGGGAGCCAGAUAUACGGAAGUAGCGACGAUUUGGCUGAGCGCCUCAGAGAUAUCAACCACGACGAGGGACUGCUGUUAGUUGGAUCCCUCUCCCAGCAGGGGAAGCGACUCCUGCCGUAUGAUUUUACCGGGAUAAUCGGUCCUGCAGAUUGUCAAAUCGAAAGCGGCAAACGGUAUAUUCCGUGUUUUCUGACUGGAGACAGUCGAGCGAACGAGCAUUUAGGAUUGACCGCAAUGCACACUAUAUGGAUGCGAGAACACAAUCGGAUUGCCUCUGAUCUCAAAGAUAUGAAUCCCCACUGGGACGGCAACAUGUUGUACCACGAAGCUAGGAAAAUAGUCGGAGCACUGAUACAACACAUCACAUACACGGAAUGGCUCCCGAAGAUUAUAGGUCCGGAGGGCAUGAAAAUGCUUGGUGAAUACAAAGGAUAUGACCCGACCUUGGAUGCCUCAGUCACCAACGAGUUCGCCACCGCCGCCAUGCGGUUCGGCCACUCGCUCGUGCAGCCAAUGUUGUUCCGAUUGAACAGCAGCUUCCAGCCCAUACCGGAAGGGAACAUCGCGCUCCACAAGGCGUUCUUCUCGCCGUACCGACUAGUGGAGGAGGGUGGCAUCGAUCCCAUUCUGCGGGGUUUCUUUUCACAAGGCGCCAAGAUGAGAAUGCCUCACGAAAUUAUGAACACCGAGCUGACGGAACGCUUGUUUUCUCUGGCUAACAGAAUAGGUCAAGACCUUGCUUCGUUGAACAUCCAGCGGGGCCGCGAUCACGGACUGCCGUUCUAUAACGAGUACCGCAAAAUGUUAAACCUGAGCGAAGCGCGCAGCUUCGAUGACCUCCAGGGAGAGGUCCAGGACAAGGAGACACGGGACAGUCUUCAGCUGCUUUACAGACACGUCGACAACAUUGACCUGUUCGUUGGCGGGAUGGCGGAGACUCCACUUCCAGGCUCAAAGAUUGGACCGACCUUCACCAACAUCCUCGUAGACCAGUUCCGCCGCCUCAGGGACGCCGAUAGAUUUUGGUACGAGAACCCGAUGGUGUUUAAACCCGACCAGGUGGUCCAACUCCGUCAGUCCUCGCUUGCACGUGUCAUCUGUGACAACAGUGAUGCGAUCACGCAGGUACAGCGUGACGUAUUCUCCAUGGUGACGUCACGGGACGAGUACCUGUCGUGCAGGGACAUCCCUCAAGUUGAUCUCAAGAUGUGGAGUGACUGUUGUAUGGACUGUGGAAAGUCUGGUGAUUUCGGAUCAAUCACAAACCACUUCCGACCGAGAAGAACGACAGAGUUUUCAUACCAAAGCGAUAACCCUAACUACGGAGGUUCGUCUGCCUCCCUGGACCAGUUCCGGUCAAGCGUUUACUCAAAGCACGAGGUGGACCAGAAGAUGCACGAUAUGGAAGUGCGCAUGCGCGAGAUGGAGACGCUCAUGCACGGCAUGGAACAUUCAGUGAAAAAGAUGAAACGAAACAUGAGGACGAUGAUGUCGCACGCGGCCAAGGACAUGUUUUGUAUGGACGAGGGCGGGGAAAAGCACGCGCACGGCAGCAAAUGGACGCCAGACGACUGCACUGUCUGUAGAUGCAAGAUGGCAAAAUCCAAGUGUAAAACUAUACCAUGUCCGACACCCAACUGCCCCUUCCCAAAGAAAAUGCCAGGCAAAUGCUGUAUGGUGUGUUGACGUCCCUAGUCCAAUACGUGAUUUGACUAUUUUUAUACACUGAAGUGCUAAAGUAUAACAAAAGUGUUAGCUCUGUGUUUUCUAUGGAGAGAACAUUCCAAAGAUAUUGACAAUAUCAGAAUAGCUUUGAUAUUGAACUGUUGGUCCUCCGGCAUGGUAACUUCUUCUCGAGCUCUUGUUGCAGACGUCAGUGAUAUGUUCAGGGACUUAGCUUUAUUUAUUUGCUGUAAGAAAUCCAUACUAAGAUAGAAAAAUAUUGUCAGGCAGCCAUUGUGGAAUCUGGUGCAGCUCUCCAACACUUCAUCAGCACAGAACUCUGACGACGGAACAUUUCAACAGACUCAAAUAUGACCUGAUAACCUUGUCCACAUGCAUACACAGUAUGCGACCAAAGAGAUUCCUAGUACUUGUAAAAUGUACGUACUGUUUGCAUUAGUUCAUUAUCUGAACUUGUGUCUUGGUUUAUGCUAAUCCUUUACGGCCAUCUGCUCCUGCAAUGACGCAUGUUGGGAUCUUCCCUUUUGUAUAUCACGUGCCAUAUUUUGACGGACAAUAUGAUGAUUAAUGUGAAAAUGAUAAAGUUUCAGUUGCAAGUUUCCCGUGUUUAAAAGGUAGAUUUUAAAUUAAAAUUUUAAAGAAUUAUUUUCCUGACUGUGUCAAAACAAUCCUAAUCAUAAUAUUAUUUAAGUCAAGCAAUGAAUGCUUGCAAGCCGAAAACGUGAAAUGGUACGGUAAAUGUCUGAUUUAAACAUUCAAUAUGUCCACGGUUUCUGAAAUUUGAUGUUUUAAAUGUACAUCAUGUCCAGGCCAGUAUGAGUUUCAUGAUAUCGUUUCUGUGUAUAUAUUAUACUUUCCUCAUUAAAUGGGGUAACAGUUGUAACGCGUACACAUAUGUGUGUAAACUGCUGCCUAGCAUCCACAUUCUAUUAUUCUCAUUUAUCGUGCAUAUAGUGCUGACAUGUAAAUGCUUUUAGAUUUGUAUUUUGUAUUUGUAAGUUGUUACAACAAACGAAAUAUGAACAUAUGGAUAACAUGUUUGAGAAUUAUUAAGAUUUCCUGAAUUUAGAAACGGUAUAUUUUUGAAUGAUUUAACUUUGUACAAUGUGAUAUUGUAUUAUGUCUUGGAAAUAAAACAAAACUAAAA